ACCACAGGUCAGACAGAUCUCAGACCUGUUGUGCAUCUCGGGCUGCCGGAUACAGCCAGAGCCUGGGACUGCCAGACCCCCGGGACACUCAAAAUCCGGAGCUCUGGGACACCCAUGGCUGUCGAACCCCUGGAGCUGCUGGAUCCCGGGAGACGCAGACCCCGGGGACCAUCAGACUGCUGGGGACUCCCGGGGCUCUGGGGCUUCCAAACCGCUGUGACAGCCAGUCCCCCAGGGCUACCGGAUCGCGGGCCAUCCACACCCCGAGCCACUGGACUCCCAGGACUCUCGGGAGCUGCAGGACCCCCGGGGUGUGCUGGAAGCCAGCACUCCGCAUCCUCCCAUUCCCCCUCGGGGACCCUCCCCAUUUCAGCGGCGCUGCCCACCCGCUGGAGCCUCUCGGGGCCGUCGGGGCGGCGCUGCCCGAGGCCGGGGCGGCGGCGGCGGCGGCCCCCGGAGCCUGGCCCGCCGUCAGGGGAACCAAUGCGGAAUUUCCUGGCUGGCGGCGGAGCCCCUCCCGCCGCCGCAGAGAGGGGCGCGGGGGAGGCGGCGGCGAAGCGAUCGCAGCGCGGCUUCCGCCCGCCGAGCGGCAGCGGGGACCGGCGGGGACCGGGGAGGGCGGGGAGCGGGAGCGGCGGAGCCGGGCGGGGGGGCAGCGCCCGGCCCUGGCUUGGCCGUGCCGGGUCCGGCGGCCCCGUAGCUCCGCCGCUGAUGGCGGCCCGUGGGCUGCGGCCGCCCCGCCGCGCCCGGGCCGGGGCCGCGCUGCUGCCGCUGCUGCUGCUGUCGGUGCUGAGCCGCGGAGCCGCCCAGGAGCUGAGCCCCCGCGGCAGGAAUGUCUGCAGGGCCGCCGGCUCCUCAGCUCUUGUGUGCUGCCAAGGAUGGAGGCAACAAGGGAGCGAGUGUUUAAUAGCUGUGUGCGAGGGGAACUUCACCUGCAAGGAGAACGAGGUAUGCGUCAGGCCCGGCGAGUGCCGCUGCCGCCAUGGCUACUUUGGUGCCAACUGCGACACCAAGUGUCCCCGGCAGUUCUGGGGUCCUGACUGCAAGGAAAUGUGCACCUGCCAUCCCAAUGGGCAGUGCGAGGAUGUGACAGGCCAGUGCACCUGCAACCUCAACCGCUGGGGCCCCAAGUGCGAGAACAUCUGCCUCUGCAAGCAUGGCAAGUGCGACCAGAAGACGGGCAAAUGCACCUGCGAGCCCAACUGGUGGGGCCCGCAGUGCUCCACCUCCUGCUACUGCAGCCACAACUCCCAGUGUGACCAGCAAACAGGCAACUGCCUGUGCCAGCCUGGCUGGUGGGGCCGUGGCUGCAACAACCAGUGCUCCUGCAACAAUUCGCCCUGCGAGCAGUUCACGGGGCGCUGCCAGUGCCGGGAGAGGACCUUUGGGCCUCGCUGCGACCGCUACUGCCAGUGCUACAAGGGCAAGUGCAACCAGGUGGACGGGACCUGCACCUGCGAGCCGGGCUACCGGGGCAAGUACUGCCGCGAGCCAUGUCCAGCCGGCUUCUAUGGCCAGGGCUGCAGGAGGCGGUGUGGGCAGUGCAAGAGCCUGCAGCCAUGCACCGUGGCUGAUGGGCGCUGCCUGACGUGUGAGGCAGGCUGGAAUGGCACCAAGUGCGACCAGCCUUGCUUGCCCGGCUUCUACGGAGAGGGCUGCGAGAAGCUCUGUCCCCCCUGCAAGGAUGGCCACACCUGCAAUCACAUCAAUGGCAAAUGCUCCCACUGCAAUCCGGGCUGGAUCGGAGACCGGUGUGAAACCAAGUGCCGGAAUGGGACAUAUGGAGAGAACUGCGCCUUCGUCUGCAGCGACUGCGUCAAUGGCCAGUGCCACUUCGAGACUGGGCAGUGCCUCUGCCACCCCGGCUCCCAUGGCCCAUACUGUAACCUGACUUGCCCUCCUGGACACUACGGAGCCAACUGUGCCGAAGUCUGUGGCUGCCACGAUGGUGCCUGCGACCCCCUAACGGGCGCCUGCCACAUGGAGGCCAACCAGAGGAUGGGGGUGAUUGGGGCAGGGGCCCUCCUGGCACUGCUGCUCAUCCUCCUGCUCUCCCUGCUCUGCUGCUGCUGUGUGUGCCGCAAGAAGGAUGAAGCCAGCGGCUCCAGCCAGGACCCAGCAGCAGCCAAGAAGCCUCCAAGACGUUUGUGUGGGCGGUUCAGCCGGAUUGGGAUGAAGCUCCCACGCAUCCCCCUGCGCCGCCAGAAGCUGCCCAAGGUCAUGGUGGCCCACCGUGACCUGGAAAACACCCUGAACUGCAGCUUCAUCGAGCCACCCUCUGUGGUGGAGCAGCCUUCCCCAUCCUGGUCAUCCCGUGGCUCCUUCUCCUCCUUUGACACCACGGAUGAGGGGCCUGUGUACUGUGUCCCCCAUGAAGAGAGCAUGGGUGACAGCAGGGACAGAGGGACACCUGCCAGUCCCGGGGACAAGCUGGUGGCCCCAGUCAGCGGGGAGGAAGCAGGAGAAUACACGUUCCUGAAGGAGACGGGCUCUGUCAGAGCCUUCCCGACCGACAGCAGUGAGACCCCCCUGCUCAAGUCCUCGGACAGCGAACGCUCCUCCUGUGGCUCAGGGUCAGCCGGCGCCGCACUCUACGCCAGGGUUGCCCGCCUCUCCAAGCAGUCCAGAGAGGAGGAGGAUGCCAUUGUGGAGGCCCGCAGCCUCGGGAAGCCGCCAUCCCCAGAAAGGACCAAGCCCCGUCCUCCAGACCCAGCCACAAAACCCAAAGUCUCCUGGAUCCAUGGCAGGUACAGCUCUGGCCAGUCCAACUCGCUGCCGGUGCCCAGCCAGUCCCCAGAGCAAGUGGCCGCCCGGUCCAGCAGCCCCGAGCAAGGCCAGGGUUUGGCCAAGAGGAAGAGGAGUCCGAGCGAGACAUCAGCCCAUGUUCAGGGCAGAGCGGAGGAGAAGGGCAGCACCCGGAGCAAGGAGAAAUCGCAGAAGCAGUCAAAGGAGCCCGGUGUCCCCGAGAGCAAACCCAGCCUCUGCGGGGAGCCGCAGUCACCCUCCAAACCCAAGCAGAGGAGCAAAGCCGGCUCUGAGCCGAUGGAGACCAUCAACGGGGCAGUGCAGAAUGCCUUCCGAAAGAUGGGCGCCUUCCAGCCAGAGCGGCGAGCCGGGGACACCAGGGAUGCUCCUUGUAGCCCCAGCACCAGCAAACCCCGCUCUGAGCCGCUGCAUCCGCAGCUGGCCUCCGAGCUGGCCGCCCAACUGAAGGAAAAGACUCAAAGCCUCAACAAGGGGGACGGAGGCAUCCGGGCAAACGGGGUUGGUGCCCAGCGAGAGAAGCCCACCCCUCCACAGAAAGCCAAGCGCUUGGCGGCCGCCGGCGGCCAGAAGACCAGCAAACCCUUGCUGCCCACCUCUCCCCAUCUGCAAAAACUGAUCCCUGCGGCAGCCGAGACGGCAGCCGGGGAGCCCAAGUGGAUGGAGAAGCCAAGUGCCGGCAGCGGCCAGGAUCAGACUCUCCCCACUGAGCAGACAGCCAAGAAAACCCCCAUUAAGAAGCCUCCCAGGAAGAAGAGCCGGGAAGCGAGCCUGGAGCCCCCCAGAGCAGCUGCUGUGCCUGCUCAGACAGUGCAGUGACCGGGAACCGGGCACCAGCCCCGCACCUGCCGCAUGCCGGGAAGGACAUUUGCCAGCACAGCCAGCGAACGUGGGAGCCUGGACUGGGCUGGGGGCACUGAAAGAGCCUUGAUCCUCCCUUUAUCCCACUCCACCUCACUCAUCCCCCUUUUUGCCUUAGUCCCCCCUGCCCUAGGACCCCGUCCCUUAAUGUGUGCCCUGCUCCUGCUCUCUGCCCGGGUCUCAGCUCGCCCGCCCUCUCCGCGCAGGGCGGGACCGCAAGGAGCCGGCCCCGGCCGCCAGCCCCGGGGGGCUCCGUGUGUGGCGUAUUCCUCCCCCCCCCCACCAUUUUUGUGUAGCAGUAUUAUCGACCGCAUAAGCAGCGCUUGUUGUACUAGACGUGCUCACGGUAUAUUCUGCAGUAACCGAGCCGCUCGCUUCCCGCGCUCCACUCCGGUCUGUCGGGGUCGCGGAGCACGGGAGAGAGCUGCUGCUCAGUGCCGCGGGCAGUGCCAGAGAUGUGCCCCACGUCCAUCGCUGGCAGCAGCUCCCCUGCCCCGGCGCCCUCCAGGCACAGCUCUCCACUGCCGGUGCAUGCCGGAGUGGGGUCGAGCUGGUUUCGGCCGGUGCCACCCUCCCUCCCCUCCGCCCCGGCGCUGCUCCUGGCCAGGAGGAAACAUAUUUAUGGAUGGAGGUGGAUGCCCUUCGGGUUCCUGCAUCCCAUCCAAUGGAGGUGGAGGGAUUAGUUUGGUAUGAGAGAGCCUGGCACCUCUGCAGAGCGCUUUCCUAAUAAAAAUGUAUUUCUUCCGUA